UUUCCGAGACGCGUUGGCAAUUUCCUAAACACGGGAAGUCGGUCCCUACAUUGACUGUCCAAGGAUAAGAUGUGGUGAAUGCUUUCUAGCUGACAAGCUACCGAAACUGGAGACAUUGGAAACAGUCGGACAUGCGAAGGUCCCCCUAACAUGGAAACAGAGAUGAUUCCGAAAUUUUCAUCCAAGGACGAGGAAAUCGAUUACUGGAAGACCCUUUCCCUGAAGUAUAAGGAAAGUUACCAUGACGCCCAGGAGGAGCUGCAGGAGUUCCAGGAGGGCAGCCGCGAGCUGGAGGCCGAGCUGGAGGCCCAGCUGGGCCAGGCGGAGCACCGGCUCCGAGACCUGCAGACGGAGAACCAGAGGCUAAAGAGCGACGUGGACUCCCUCAAGGAGAAGCUGGAGCAGCAUUACUCCCAGAGCUACAAGCAGAUCUCCGUGCUGGAGGACGACCUGGGCCAGACGCGCAGCAUCAAGGAGCAGCUCCACAAAUACGUCCGCGAGCUGGAGCAGGCGAACGACGACCUGGAGAGAGCCAAGAGGGCCACCAUCGUGUCUCUGGAGGACUUUGAGGGCCGCCUGAACCAGGCCAUCGAGAGGAACGCCUUCCUGGAGAGCGAACUGGACGAGAAGGAGUCUCUCCUGGUCUCGGUGCAGAGGCUGAAGGACGAGGCCAGAGACCUGAGGCAGGAGCUGGCCGUGAGGGAGCGCAGCACGGACGCGACGUCGGCGCCCGGCUCGCCCACCCCGGAGCUCGACAAGACGGACUCGGCCGUCCAAGCCUCGCUGUCUCUUCCCGCCACCCCCGUGGGAAAGGGCGUGGAGCACCCCUUCGUCAGCUCGAAAGCCCUGACCAACGGCUGCGGCAGCACUUCCUUGACCCCCUCGGCGAGAAUCUCUGCUCUCAACAUCGUCGGUGACCUGCUGAGAAAAGUCGGGGCGCUGGAGUCCAAACUAGCUGCUUGUAGGAACUUCGCCAAGGACCAUUCUACCAGGAAGAGCUACUCCACAACCAACGGCACCCUCAUCAACAGCAACGCCACCAAGUUCUCCCACUCUCUGCACACCACCUACUUUGACAAGACGACUGUGAAUGGACUGGACAACAGCAGUCUGACUGCCAUGGCUUCGCCCAGGACUGUUUCCCCCCCCGGCAUGCUGCCACUCAUUGUGUGAGACCCCCCCCCCCCCCCCUCCCCCUCACUCCACCCACUGUGCCCCCACAUGCAUACCUCCCGAAGCAAGGGAACAGACGCAGCCCUGGAAUGACCGUUACGUCGUGUGUGGUGUUUCUCUUUGAUUGACAGGGAGAGAUGGUGUGUAACGAAAGCAUGUGCGCUUGAGUGCAAGAGAGAGGGCGUGUCUCUGUGUGUGUGUGUGUGUGUGUGUGUGUGUGUGUGUGCGCGCGUUUGAGAGAGGAACUUGAAUAAUACACACGUGACAUGCCUCACUGUUUGCAGCUGUGAAUGUUCCCGUUUGCGUGUGCACGGGUUGUGAGUGUGUGUGUGUGUGGGUCGACCCCACGCCGACACGUGCCCGUGGCGACGCGGACGCCUGCUAAGCUCCAAGUGGUACCAGGAUGGCCCUCCCCCUCCCCCACUUCCACAUAUUUGCUCAAACCCGCUCCGCCUGACAAGUCUUCAGUGAGACCGCAAAACGGCAAGAAAGAUCGUUCCGUCUUAUUUACCUCAGUUUAUUGCACAACCUGAGAUCCUUUCUGUGUAGCAUAUGUUAUAUUUAAAAAAAAAAACUACAAAAAAAAAAAAAACACCUAAAAGGGAUCCGUUUAAAGUUCCUCAAAUUGUGUUGUAUGCUUUGAUAUGGCCUAUGUGUUUGCUUGCACAAAUGUGCGUGGUGUGGGGUCGGCGGAGGCUGGGUGAGGGGGCCCACGCGCCCAGAAGGACUGAGGUGAAUGUUGCCUGUGUUCAGAGCCACGUGUGGGCUAGACCUGCUGCUCCUCCUCUGGAUGCAGAGCAGCCGGGGACCCAGGGGGGGUGGGCAAACUCCCAGGAUCCUCCACGUGGCCGUCCCCAUGGGACUGAACCUACACUGAUCCUGGAUAUCUCCAUGUUCAGGCUAGGGAGACGAGCAAGAUGGCUGAUGACAUUUCAGGGACGUUUCUUGCUACCUUUCGUCUCCCCCAUAAGGGUUCACAGUAUAUUCCAUUUCAUGAAGUAGCAGGCUAACGCCGCUGAACCGAAUACAGUAUUUAUUAUUUUGAACGUGGAUCCCUUCGCAGGAUAGGUCAGUUGGACUACAUCAGUUGGUAUUAG